AUGGACUCUCUCCAAUUCGAAACAUACACCUCGGACUCUGACUCCUCCACUCCCCGCACACCCUCCCCCCGCUCCAUCGACGUACACCCCCCCUACAAGCACAUCGUCGACCCCAUCCCCCCCCUCUUCGCCGACUCUGACCACCUCAUCCACCACGACGACUCAAACCCGUUCUGGCCCCAGUACUCCUUCACCAACUCCUCCCGCGGCUCUCUCCUCCAGGAGCUCUAUGACCACGACAUACCCCCCACCGACAUGUACAUCGACGACUCCCAGUCAUACCAGGACUGGUCCUACAUCCAGCAGCAGCAGCAGCAGCAGCAGCACCACCACCAUCAUCCCCAGCAGCACCACUUUCAGCAGCACCAGCAGAACAGGGCUGACCACACCAUGAUCCGUCGCGCCACCUUCCCCUACGACCAGUUCUCUCACCCGCCCCUCUACGCUGACCAGAUCGCUGCAGAGCCUGCACAGGACGCCUAUGUCUCCUCCUCCUCCCCCCAUUCCUACCAUGACUAUCCAGAACACCACUCUCAUGUCCAACAACUCCACCACCACUCCUCAGAGGGCAUAAAACUCGAAGAUCCCUCCCCUGUCAUCGUACCCUCCCAGAUUGCUUGCUACCCCCGCCACCCCUCCUCUCACCCCGGCCUUCCCAUGUCCUACCUUUCUCCCCAUACCGGUGUCCCCGUCCAGCACACCGACGACGCCGCUAGCAAGGAGACCCAGUACCUUCGCAGGCGCUGCUUCAACUGCCACACCACAGAGCCCCCUUCCUGGCGUCGCUCCACCCUCAACCCGGGCAAAAUCGUUUGCAACAAGUGUGGCCUGUACGAGCGCACCCACCUCCGUCCUCGUCCCCUUCGCUUCGACGAACUUCGCGCCGGUAACAAGGCUCGCAAAGCUGCUACUCAGGGCACCGUUAAACCUGCCAGCGGUACCGUACCAAAGGACGCAAAGAACCCUUCCAUCGUAAAGAAGGAGCCCAGAGAGUGCGGUCUUGCUAGAAGGAGCUCGGUCUCCAGUUCUGCCUCCAGUGUCCACUCGGGCAGCGCCACCAGCGACUGGGAUGAUAGUGUAUCAGUAUAUUCGUCUUCUGGCUCUGCCCCGCCCUCAAACUAUUCUUCGCCUGCAGCUGCCACUUUCCCCAUCCCUCGCUCGUCGCAGAGCCCACCCAUGUCCUCUCCCGGCCAUCCGCGCGAUGGCGGCAUCAGACUGCCGAAUGCACCGCUCUCCGACAUCGCCUCCCUCCAAGCCAGCAUGCAACAAUCCUCUCUCCAGGUUCAGGGCCAGUCGUCAGCAGCAGCGCCAUCGCCGCGCAAAGCAGCCACCGUUCCCAUCCCUCCCUCCUACUACGCCCAACAGCACGACCAGUACAGACGUGGCUCGAUGCCGACCUACGUCAGCUCGCCUCCGAUGCAGUCGAGCUCGCCCGCUGGUAUGGUCUCGUCCCCGGCGAUGCAUGCCAUGUCGGUGCAGGAGCAGGCAGAUGGGAUGGAUGUCAGUUCGUCCAAUGUGCCACUCAGCGAGCUGUCGAGUGCGGCUGCUGCUGCUGCUGAGGAAGGUGUGCGCUCAUAAGAGCUGGGGGAGACGUUGCUUGCGAUGUAGGCUUUUUUGUUGGCGUGUAAUCCUCCUCCCGCGGGGGAGCGUUGUAAUUUCUGUUGUAUCUCUCACCUCUGCGCAUGCGCGCAUUGUGUUUUUGGAAGAUGACCCUCGUAAUUUCUGCCCAUUUUCUUUCCACUUCGUCUCAUGUUUUCGUCUCGUUCGAUAUAUAAUCGAUAAUGGCGGCUUUAUUUAUUUGAAUCAUCCUCAUCACUGGCACUCCUCGAAUAUAUUCAACCAUUUCCUCCCACCGACGACGACGACGUUUAUCACAGCUUUUCUUUGUUCAUAAUAUCCCUCCUCAUCUUUCACGACGACAAAGGCACAAAUCACCCACACUCUUUUUAUUCCCCCACCAAAACGACGGCGGAUCGCAGGACGCAUACCCCCUCUCUCACAUCACCCACACCGCAAAAGUGAUCGUGGAGCGUUCCUUUCCCGUUUUAUAUUAUUUAUUUCGAAAUCGGAAGCCAAGAAAGAAGAGAAAGAAUGGCAAAGCAAGUCUACGAAAAAAAACCACACUUUUCUGUAUUUCUUGUUUGACUCUUUUGUCUCCCGUUUCACACACGUGUAGCCAACCCCCACUGUUUUCUACCCCCCCUUGCACUUGCCGCCCUUAUACCACGGACUGGCGCGCUGUUUUACCAGACAGAAAGACCAAAAAGGCGAUGUCGGCGCGCCCCGCCUCUCCUCCCUCCACGUUAUGCAGCGCACAGAGACGCGCUGCUUGUUUAUAAUGUGCAUAUACAUAAUACACCACACGGAAAUUUUUCUCUUUGGCUUUUUGUUCGAUCCUUUCGAUCCCUUUCGCCGUCCGUUCUUGAUAUCAAUGUUGUUGCCCCUCUGUCACGCCCCCUCGUCACCCACCCGUCAUUGUCCCCCUUUGCUUGUACGUCGUCGUCGUCGUCGUGUCGUGUUUCCCCUUGCCGCCCCCGCCCUUGCUCUCAGAUACCCUCACC